AUGACAACAUUAGUUGAUAGCGGCACUAGUUUCGAUCCACUAGUCAACCAAUCGACCGUAAAGGCAGAUAAAAGGAUGGCAAAUCUCUCCCGAUCGAUGUUAUUUACUACGAAACAUGUAGGGAUUGAUGAAAGUAUGAUACAUACACAUACACAUACACAUAUCCAUACCCAUACAUACACACACACACACACACACACACAUAUGCAUACAUACACAUACACAUACACAUUACAUGCACAAUACACAUAUACACAUAUGCAUACGGAUUACAUACACAUACACAUUAUACACACACACAUACACAUAUACAUAUACAUUACAUACAUACAUUCACACACAGACACGAACAAACAUACAUGCACAAAAAUUCCACUUCUAAAUUUAGAAUUACUAUGA